CCAUUCAUUCAUUCAAUUCAUACUUAUGUGAUGUGAUUAUAACCUACAAUCAAAAUUUUCCUAAAUUGGUAGGUAAUUUUAAUAAAAUAUCACGUAAAAAUGAGUGACCUUUCUGAUUUCUCAAGCCCAAAAGCUUCGGAUUCUGAACUGCAAGACUUCCUGAUGGCAGAAAAGCAAAAGGCUCAAUUUCAUGCACAAAUUCAUGAAUUCAAUGACUUUUGCUGGGAUAAAUGUGUAGAUAAACCAGGAGCUAAAUUGGAUUCUCGCACGGAGACUUGCAUUACUAAUUGCGUAGAGAGAUUCAUUGAUGUAUCCCUUCUUAUAACCAACAGAUUUGCUCAAAUGCUUGAAAAAGGUGGCGGCAUGCACUGAUUUAGAUUUUUGAAGUAACUAUUUCUAAGAUUAGAAGGGAUUUUAAUUUCAUAUGAUUCACUGCCACCUAUUACAAAUAUUAAGAUACAAAACAGUUUAUUAUGAAUGCGUUCUAUGCCAGAAACGGACUGUGUGGCAGCAGUAGAUUUAAGAUGAGCAUUUCCUUUAGUUAUAUAUGAAACAUACUUAACAAACUUUAGUUUUAGAAUUAUGGAUGGAUGUAUUUGGAAGCUGGAAAACUGAUGUUGUUAUUUCAUUAAAUGUUACAUACAAAAAUUAA